UUAUGGUAUGCGUUGGGUAAGCUAAAGGCAGAAAGAGUAGCGUGGAACGUAGCUAAGGAGAGUGGAUUCAAGUUGGCUACUAUUUGUCCUGGUCUAGUAACUGGUCCUGAUUUCCUCAGCAGGAAUCCAACCUCUACCAUUGCUUAUCUUAAAGGAGCCCAAGAAAUGUUCAGAAAUGGACUCUUGGCGACAGUGGAUGUUAAUAGAUUAGCAUCAUCACACGUAUUGGUAUUUGAAGAGAUGAAAAACACGGCUUCUGGCAGAUAUAUUAGCUUUGAUCGAGUGAUUAGAAGUGAAGAGGAAUUUGAAAAAUUAGCAAGAGAAACCGGCAUCGAAUUUAGCACGAUGAGUACAAACACCAUACUUGGUGCCUCCAAUACUAAUAGGAUUGGUAUUAAAUUGUCAAACGCAAAGCUUUGCCGCUUAAUGUCUGCAACAAAUAGAUGUAAUAGUGAGCGCUAGCUCCCGUCAAUAAAUUUAAUACUCUAUGCCUCUAUCAAAAUUUUGGGCGCGCAGCAAGUAAUGUAUGAUCCUAAUUAGAUUGGUGAGAGUAACGAGAAUAUUUCUAACU